AUAUGUAACUCUCCGAGUCGCCGGUAGUCUCCACUUUUUUUUCAUCGGGAUUAGGAAAGGAAGAAGGCGGCGGCGGAGCCUCUUGGGUUUCUCCUCCUCGCCACCCACCCCACCAGGUUGCGCAUCAGUCCACAAGUGAGGCCAUCGGCUCAAUCCGACAACGGCGACAAGGCUCCUCGUUUCCUCCCGUCUCGACGGUCUCGUCUCCUCACCAGUCCAGCCUUCGGCGAAAAGAUCCUGCCCGCCACCAUACCUCGGGUUGCCAGUGUCACAAAAAAGAAAAUGACAGAUGACAUCGAGGCCAAACUCCCAUCUGCCAUGCAGAAGACCACCUUCACAGUGUUGGGCAUCUGCUGUGGUUCAGAGGCAGCACUAGUACAUAAGAUAUUGAAUCCUCUUGAAGGAAUUGAGAAUGUCUCAGUCAAUGUCUUGGCGAAAACUACAACUGUUAUCCAUGAUCCAUCUGAAAUUUCAGCUUCUCAAAUAGUCAAUGCUCUUAACAAGGCUAAGCUGAAAGCUGGAAUUCGGGAGCUUGGGCAAGUCAAGACCAGAAAGCAAUCAUGGCCAAAUGCAAACGUAAUAGCCUCGGGAGUGCUUCUCCUUGUGGCCAUGUUCAGCUACAUCUACCAACCACUGAUAUGGGUUUCACUGGCAUCGAUUGCUAUUGGAAUUCCAGGCAUCCUGCGACGCGGCAUAGCUGCUCUAGGCCGCUGUAUGUUAGAUAUUAAUGUCCUCAUGGUGAUUGCGGUGUUUGGUGCUGUCGGACUUGGAGAUUACCUGGAGGGAGCCUCAGUAGUUUUCCUCUUCGCAUUUGCACAGUGGCUGGAAGCAAAGUCAAGUGACAAGGCCCAAGCUUCAUUGGAGUCACUAAUGAAUUUGGCACCCCGUACGGCAGUUAUUGCAGAGACUGGUGAGACACUCGAUGUGAAAGAUAUUAGAAUCAAUACACUUGUUUCAGUCAAAGCAGGAGAACGUGUGCCUGUUGAUGGGGUUGUGGUGACUGGAGGAAGCACCAUAGAUGAAAGUAGUUUGACUGGAGAGUUCAUGCCAGUGGAUAAGGAAGUUGGUUCAAAGGUAUGGGCUGGAUCAGUAGUCCUAACAGGGUUCAUUAAUGUGGCAACAAAGGCAUUGGAAGAGGACUCUGCUGUUGCUAGAAUGGUGAAGCUCGUGGAGGAUGCUCAGAGUCAACGUUCAAACAUAGAAGCGUUCAUAGAAAAAUUUGCCAAGUAUUAUACACCAGGUGUUGUCUUGAUAGCUGCAGGAAUUGCUGUAGUACCAUGGGUACUAAGUUUUCAAGAUGUUCACCAUUGGAUCUAUUUAUCACUAGUCUUGCUUGUAGUUGCGUGCCCAUGUGCGCUGGUGAUCUCUACUCCAGUAGCCAAAGUGUGUGGCCUCUCUGCAGCUGCCAAGAUGGGUCUUAUUAUCAAGGGUGGGAAUCACUUGGAGGCUUUAGCAAAAAUAAAAGCAAUAGCAUUUGAUAAAACUGGAACACUAACAGAAGGAGCCUUCGAGGUUGUGGACAUGCAAUUGGUGGAACAAAAGAUAGAUAUUAACCACAUGUUUUACUGGAUUUCGAGUCUGGAGAAUCUGUCCAGCCAUCCCAUAGCAAAAGCUCUAGUAGAAUAUUCAAGGUCCCAUGGUAUCCAACCUAGUAGAGAAGUGAAGGAGUUCAGAAUAAUCCCCGGAGAAGGCAUUUCUGGAUAUGUAGACGAUUGCUUAAUCCAAAUUGGCAAUGCACAACUAGCCUUUCGCAAUGGAUGGCUAUCAGAGAAUGAGUUUUAUAUCAAUGAAGCAGGCAUAACAGUCGGAUAUGUGGGGAUGGACAAUCACUUCAUUGGAUACUUUCGCCUUGGAGAUCAAGUUCGUGGAGAAGCUGCACAAGCUGUACAUGAACUACAGAAACAAGGGAUCGAAGUGACUAUUCUGACUGGUGACUCAAAAGCAGCAGCAGAACUCAUCCAGAAACAAAUUGGAGAAAAUAUAAAGGUGGAAGCCAGUUUGGCACCUGAAGAUAAGAUGAAAAAAAUUGCAGAGCUUAAAGAGAAGUGGGGUCUGACAGCGAUGGUCGGGGAUGGAAUCAACGAUGCUCCGGCACUCGCAGCAAGUGAUGUUGGAAUAGCUAUGGGUGUUGCAGGAUCAGCAGUGGCAACCGAAACUGCAGAUGUUGCACUCAUGUCAAAUGAUCUACGGAAGAUACCUGAAGCUGUGAAGCUAGCAAAAGCUGCUUUGAGGAAGAAUUACCAGAAUGUGGCUCUGUCCUUGGCUGUGAAACUACUCUUCUUUGGUUUGGCAUUUGGAGGGAUGCCUUCUCUUUGGGCUGCUGUGGUGGCUGACAUGGGCACUUGCCUUGUGGUUAUCUUCAAUAGCAUGCUCUUACUACAGAAGGAUAAGAAAGGAGGAAGCAGUACUUUUGACAAAGCCUCAGAACAGCUGUAUAUCAGGGUUGAACCUGGGUUGGACUCCGGAUGCAAUAGAACCCUUCAGGGGAACUUGGAAGGGUUGCAUGAACCCUUGCUGCCACCAAAGGAAAAAGAAGAAAAGGAGGAGCGUCCACGUUCAUGUUGCAAGGGUUGCUGUGGAGGAGCAAAAGGAAAAGAAGCUGAUUUUAAGUGAUGAAGAUGAAAGCAGUGAUCUGUAACAUGAAUUAUUUGGUUAAGACAGAACUUUAAUCUCUCUUAGCUCUGCAACUGCUUUGGAAGGUUAGGAGCAAGGGCAGAGUAGUGAAACGAUGAUGAUAGGAUAUAAAUCUGAAUUAGGGCCUUUUCGGCUAUUCCAACGGGAUAGAGCCGAAAAUCCAAUAGGAUUUAUAGGUUGGGCCGUCCAUUUAAGCAUGGCUCCAUAUCAACCACAUUUCGUCCAGCCAAAUCUUGGGGGAAGAAAAAAUUCUGCAGCUUGAAGGCUGGGAUUUGGGAUGGAUUUGUACAUGCUUGUAGAAAGUGCAAUCUAGAUGGGCCAACAGGCCUGAAUCUUGUUAGAUUUCGAUCUAAUCCUAUUAGAAUACCCAAAAUAUGUCCUUAUUUCCAUAUAUAUACAUAUUUAAAAGAUUUUUUUUUCUUU